AUGUCCCCGGAUACGGUUCCCCGUGGGUCAGUCCGCCGGAUACGGUUCCUCGUGGCGUCCGUAGCAUACGUUCCCCUCCCGAUACGGUUUCCCGUGGGUCAAGUCCGCCUGGAUACGGUUCCCUGUGGGUCAGUCCCCGGAUACGGUAUCGGGGUCAGUCCCCGGAUACGGUUCCCGUGGUCAGUCCGUAGAUACGGUUCCCCGUGGGUCAGUCCGCCGGAUACGGUACCCGUUGGGUCAGUCGUAGUACGGUUCUUGUGUCAGUCCCCGGAUACCGGUCCUUGUGGGUCAGUCCGCCCCUGGAUACGGUUCCCUGUGGGUCAGUCCCCGGAUACGGUUCCCCGUGGGUCAGUCCCCGGAUACGGUUCCCCGUGGGUCAGUCCCCGGAUACGGUUCCCCGUGGGUCAGUCCGUAGAUACGGGUUCCCGUGGGUGCAGUCCGGAUACGGUAACCGUGGGUCAGUUCCGUAGAUACGGGUUUUCCCUGUGUGUCAGUCCCGGAUACGGUUUUCCCUGUGGGUCAGUCCUGGAUCGGUUCCCCGGUGGGUCAGUCCCGCGGAUCGGUUCCCGUGGGUCAGUCCCCGGAUACGGUUUCCCGUGGGUCAGUCCCGGAUACGGUUCCCGUGGUCGUCCCCGGAUAACGGUUCCCCGUGGGUCAGUCCCCGGAUACGGUUCCCGUGGGUCAGUCCCGGAUACGGUUUUCCCCCGUUGGUUUCCCCGCUGGGUCAGUCCCCGGAUACGGUUCCCCGUGGGUCAGUCCCCGGAUACGGUUCCCCGUGGGUCAGUCCCCGGAUACGGUUCCCCGUGGGUCAGUCCCCGGAUACGGUACCCCGUGGGUCAGUCCCCGGAUACGGUACCCCGUGGGUCAGUCCGUAGAUACGCUCUGACGUGUGUCUGUGCCCCAGGCUGCAGGGUGCGGUGUCUGUCGUCGCAGUCGGAGCUGCAGGAGGUGUGUCGGGAGGAGCAGUUGUGCUGCGCUGAUCUGGGUGUCACUCGCAAGAACCUCAGUGACUUCGAAGUGGAGUAUCUGUGCGACUACAAGAAAGUGCAGGAUCAGGAGCUGUACCUGGUGAAGUGGAAAUAUUACCCCCAUUCGGAGAGCACGUGGGAGCCCCGACAUCACCUGAAGUGCAGCAGUGUCCUCAAGCGCUUCCACCUGGACCUGGAGCAGGAGCUGCUGCGCAGAGCAAAGGCUUCUGGGGGAAGGAAGAGGGCGGCGGCACGGUGGCCCCGCAGGUUGGACCAGAGCCUCUCCCAUUACUUAGUGCUAAAGGCCAAGCAGCGCCAGCGCCUGCGCCAGUGGGAGGAGCAACUCAACGCCAAGCGCUCCCAUCGGGGCCUCAUCCUGGUGGAGAAUGAAGUGGACCUGGAGGGGCCGCCCCGGGACUUUGUGUACAUCAAUGAGUACAGGGUGGGCGAGGGGGUGGCCGCGGGGCAAAUAUCAGCCGGGUGCAAGUGCCGGGACUGUUCAGCGGAUGAGGGGGGCUGCUGCCCGGGGGCCUUCCUGCACAAAAGGGCCUACAAUGACGAGGGGCAGGUGAAGGUGAAGCCCGGCUUCCCGAUCUAUGAAUGUAACUCCCGCUGUCGCUGUGGGCCCUCCUGCCCCAACCGCGUGGUACAGAAGGGAAUCCAGUACAAAUUCUGUAUAUUCAGGACCCCCAAUGGCAGAGGGUGGGGCGUGCGUACGCUGGAGAAGAUCCGCAAGAACAGCUUCGUCAUGGAGUAUGUGGGGGAGAUAAUAACCUCUGAAGAGGCAGAACGCAGGGGCCACAUCUAUGACCGGCAGGGGGCCACCUACCUGUUUGACCUGGAUUAUGUGGAGGAUGUUUAUACAGUGGAUGCCGCUCAUUAUGGGAAUAUUUCCCACUUUGUCAACCACAGUUGUGAGCCCAACCUGCAGGUGUACAACGUGUUUAUCGAGAACCGGGAUGAGCACUUACCCCGCAUCGCUCUCUUUGCCACCCGAACAAUCCGCACGGGGGAGGAGCUGACGUUUGACUACAAUAUGCAGGUGGACCCUGUGGAUGUGGAAAGCAGCAAAAUGGAUUCCAACUUUGGCUUAGCCGGCCUCACCGGAUCUCCCAAAAAGCGAGUGCGGGUGGAAUGCAAGUGUGGUGUCAGCAGCUGCCGCCAGUACCUCUUCUGAGAGACGGGGCGGCCCAACUCUGCCCUCCAACCUGGACCUGAUCGGUUCCGCACUUACCUGAUCUGCUGCUCCGCCCUUCCCAGCGAGUGCAGUUCCUAAGCCCCGCCCCUAGCGAGAUCCUUGCUGGCCGAGCAUUAAUUGCACAGUACCGACCCGAUGAAAUAUUGGUGCUAGAGACUUUAGGUAUGUUCUGCCUGGGCUGCUCCUCGUGGUACCGGCCCAGAAUGUGUUUUUACUUGAACUUCCCGAAUACGGUAGGUGAUGCCCAUUGGGCAGUCAGUGCCACAGGGAAGGCGGACUAUGAAAUGAUGCCCGCUUCCUUCUGAUUGGUGGGUUGUCUUAUCCGUCACUUACGGGUUUUUAUUCCAUGUAAUGAACUUGUGUUUUUAUGUAUGGAGAGGGGGGGUUGGUACCAUCUGAGUUGGGCAGUGCCUUCUGUACAGUGCCCCAAGCUGUGCCCAUAACUCCCAUCCGAUGGGCAGUGUCCCAACACUAAUUCUUCCCUCUGGAACAAAGGAAACUGGUGAAGGGUUAAGAUUAGUUCCUAUCAAAGGGGUGGGGUUUUAUUCCCAAAUAACCCUGAGCCACGCCUCCCCAUGGGACCCCCCCCCCCGUUCCUGCGUUAGGGCUGUGUCUGGGCGCCCCUCCUGUCGUUUUUAUACGUGUCCGCUCCAUGUUUUUAAAUUAAAAUAUAUGGUUUUAU